AGCACAGCAGCUCUCGUUUGUCACAUACGCUCCACCCUUCUACUGCGGUAGCCUGUUCUCUGCGGUAGAGACAGCAACGGCGCUAUGAGUCUCCGAUCGUCCAGAGCUGCGCGAGUACCCUAUGUCCCUCCAGCCGCGAGAGCAUCAUCCGCGCAUGGACAAAGUGCGGACGGAUACACUCGACAAGGGCACGACACAACAGCAGCUACGAGACAGCCACGCCAACAGGGAAGGGCUGCAGAUGACGACACCGCAGACGGCCAACAAGCAGAAGUGAUCAAUGGUACGACUCUACCGGCGGUAGAGGCAUCGAGCAGCACCAACCUGGCGACAAAAGCGGCACCGCGUGCAGCUGCACCAGCAUCAGCAGGAGGCCAGACGAGGCCAGACGAGGUACGCCUCCUACCGCCAGCAGACCGGGACGACAGCACAAGGGAUCAAGUUUCCGACCAGCCCACACCAACUCCGCAGGACGUGAACCAUACCGCGCCUCCCGUUGCCGAAAGGAGGAGGAGACCCAGGCAAGCGUGGGCGCAGUACGUGCCGCCUGGCCGGCGAAGUGGCGGGGCAUCCUCCGCCUCCUCCGUUCCUGCAAGCAGCAGCAGCGGCAACGAAAAACACUCCUCUUGCCCCCGUGCGGAAGACACCAACAAAUCAACGUCGUCGAAGUCAAGAGACGGUGAAUCGAACGGGGGGAAGGGAAGCCGUCCGGCGCUGAAAGAAAAGCCUAGUGUUGUUUUCGCCGCCGACGGACCAGCUCCAGCAGACCAACAAGAGGGUGCAUCCGAGCACCGGAGCACGGCAACUACAACGUCGCCGUCGUUGUGCUACGCCCACGGGGAUAAAACCGGUUCGAAGGCCACUGCGGCACCCCCUCUGGAGAGUCAGGCGUCCUGUCCUCCUUCUCCAGCCAAAAACAGGGGGGGCAGCAGUAGGACUGACGGUGCCUCCACGGAUCCUACGGCAACAUCGGCUCUCGACCAGACCAGCGAAGAACACCGGGAUGAGGAAAAUGCCCCCACCGCUUCGGAUCCCAGAGAGAAGAUCGUUGAGCCUCCCCCUGCCAGCGACAGCAAGAGAGUCGAGGAAAACGUCACCGGGGACAAGAACGAGGAUCAAGAGCUACCGGCAUUCAAGCCGCCAGCAGCCAGAUACGUACCGCCGGGCCGGCGGAAGGCCCUCGACGCAGAGUUAGCGGCAGCCGCAGAUUCCGGCAGCAGCGGUGGCGCUGCUGCUGGGGACGGGAUGGGUCCCUUGUGGACAUCUCGAGCGCCUGUUCGUGUUAGCCAGAGGGAGCGGCCGUCGGACAGGGAUGCGAGCCCCGCCAGUCGCCCCGCGCCUGCACGCGUGGCCCACGUGGUCAGCGGCGGCAUGUCGGCGUACGGCACCAACAUCUCAGAGUACUCCGAGGAAAUGAGUCGAGAGCAGGUGGAGGCAUGUACGGCCGUGGUGUCCAACUUUCCGGUGGCGUUGCCUCCCGGCCAGCGCGACUCGAUGCUGCAGUCCCUCGUCUCCCUAGGCGGCCUCGUCGUGUGGCCUCGCCCGGAUGAGGCGUUGGUAACAUUUGCUACUCCGGCGUUAGCGCGACAGGCAGUGUCCGCGAGGAACAACCGCGAUUCGGUGCUUCUCGUGGAGCUCCUAUCACUGGCGCGGUUGGAGAAGAGGACGGGCUACAGACGAGGCAACGACUCUCCUCCCUCUUCCGACCAUGAAGGCGCCAAUAUUUCUCCCAUGCACACCAACGACCACGACGACGACUGGCGCGAUGAGGAUGCGGGUGGCGAGCCAGGUCGCGGGCAGGCGAAACUGCCGUUCGGUUCUGCGGUUCGCUCUGCAGCGAGCGCUGCGGUGUCUGCAGCAGCUCGCACAGCAAUGGCGGUGGCGCCCGAAGUCGCUCCGCCUGCGCGAAAAAACGCGGUGCAACCUCUCCACCGGUCGACGCAGCAUCGCCACAGGCGAGCGCGGUGGAGCAAGGAGGACGCCGGGAUGGCGGGGAGCUUGGCAGCAUGGCUGAAGCCCCCAGCUCAGCAGCAGGAAGGGCAGCAUGGUUCGCCUCAAAUUAUGGAGACUGAAGGUGCGGUGGAGAUGGAUGUUGAGGUGGGAGAUGUUGGUGCGGACAGCAGUGAUCAUGAUGCCGAGAAGAUCUGCAGCCCGCAAGAAGAACAUGACCGCACCAGCCGUGGCGACAGCAGCGAGAGCGAGACCGACAUGCUGGUAUGUUCGGGUGUUGGUGUUCCGCUGGAAGAUUGGUUUGGUGAGGAUGACCAGGCUAGAGCUGCAGAGCUUCUUUAUUCCAGCGGCGAGGACAGUUUUCUCGACGCACUAGACGCAAGCCGCGACCGCUCUCGCGGCCCCGGCGAACUUGACGGAGAGAGCGGCGACAAGGCUGAUGAUGAUGUUCAGCCUCAGGACACCGGCGAAGCAGAAGCUGUGGGAGACACCGGCGAAACAGCAGCUGUGGGAGGAGCCGGGCACGCAGCCUCUAGCGGUACAAGUGGUGAGACCGUCCGAAAAAGUUCGAGGACGAACCUUUUCGACGGGCUGUACGCCGACCCCGCCCGCGCACGAGACGGGGCACGCGGCCGAUGCAGUGGGCCUGGGCGAGGAACACGGGUGGCGUCGGGGGAUGGAGCCAAGGGGAGGUUUGCGGGGUUGAACAAAAAACGAUUGAAGCACAGAAGGCGCGAGGAGAGGAAGAAGACACCGGAACAACGAGCGCGAGAGCGAGAAGCGCGAGAGCGAGCGCGAGAGCGAACGCGAGAGCGAGCACUCAAAGCGCAGAGAAGGCGGGAGAACACGCCGCGAGAGAAGGAGCUCUUGGACAUCUACCAGAAAGUGGUGGACGCUAUCGACAAGGCGGAGCAGUCCAACAGCUACAGCGGUAUUGUGGAGGACCCGACGGAAAUGCUGACGGAAUCUCGUCUCCCGUCCAUCAUGCGUACCGCCUUGGCGAUUCGGGCGUACGCUGUCCUCGAGAUUGAGGAAGGUGUCAACAAGAUGCGGCACAGCCGCUACGUCGGAGAUGUGGUGAAAACCACAGCGCAGACGGUGCGCAAGUGGGUAAAGGAGUUCUGCCAAGACGGAAAAUUUCUCAUCAGAAAACGACUUUACGAGAUAAGCCAGGCGGACUCCUUCAUCGACCAUGAGGACAUCGCCGAGCGUUGCCGGGAGGAAAUCGACCGGCGGCUUUACCGCCGGAAGAAAACGGAUCCGCGGUUUCGUGUCUCGGACUUUCAGAGGUAAGGGGACGGACGUGAAAAUGAGAGAGCGCGCGGUGGGUGAACACUGUUCUUCUGAAAGAAGUGUUUUCCGGCGGAGGAGGCAUCUCUCGGACAACGGCGCACAGCUGGAUCUGCAGACUCGGCUUCAGGUGGAAGAAGAGCGGGAAGUGCGUCUACGUCGAUGGCCACAACCGCCCGGAUGUCGUCGAG